AGUCCCUCCUGCCCCUCCAACUGCCCCGGCAGAGGGGGAGAAACAACACACACACUCUCACACACGCACACGGGGGCUGAAUCUUUUUUACUCCCUAGCGUCCGGAAGACGGUUCCUCCAUGCUGCAGAAUGAGCUGCUGGAUGUUCGCGGCUUCAGGGAAUGUUUUUGUGAUUAUCCGAAGGAAACAUUGUGUUGUUGUGAAGCGGAGCUCGUGUUGUUAUUGUAGCGGCUGAAGAAUCGCGCGCACAGGCCCUCCGCGUUCAUGUGUUUCAUUUCUUUUCAUUCUUAAAUGCUUUCACGGCAUAAAGACGCACAUUGGCACCAUCGAAGGAAGGAAUAUGUUUGUUCCCUGGCUGACUUUUGCACUCGUUUGGUGCACAGGAGUCAGUCAUGCGGAAGUGGCGACUAGAGAGUGUGUCUAUUAUAAUGAUAACUGGCGGACGGAGAAAACCAAUCAGAGCGGGUUCGAGAGAUGCGAGGGGGAGAAAGACAAGAGGCUUCACUGUUACGCAUCAUGGCUGAACUCCACCGGCACCAUCCGCCUGGUCAAGAAGGGCUGCUGGCUCGACGACUUCAACUGCUAUGACAGACAGGAGUGUGUGGCUACAGAGGAGAGUCCGCAGGUGUUCUUCUGCUGCUGUGAAGGAAACUAUUGCAACGAGAAGUUCACACACCUGCCGGAAGCCAUCACCCCUGCAGUGAAGAUCCAGCCUCCUCAGCCAGGUCCGUCUCUUUUUGGCGUCCUGGUUUAUUCGCUUCUUCCUCUGGCCAUUCUCUCUUUGGCCCUGGUGCUUGCUUGCUGGACGUACCACCAGCGAAAACCACCAUACAGACAUGUCGACAUCGGACAGGAUGCUGGUCUUCCUCCACCGUCUCCUCUGGUUGGACUGAAGCCUCUGCAGCUGCUGGAACUGAAGGCUCGCGGUCGCUUCGGCUGUGUGUGGAAGGCCCAGUUACUGAGCGAAUAUGUGGCCGUCAAAAUAUUCCCUAUACAGGACAAGCAGUCGUGGCAAAACGAAAGAGACAUUUACCUCACAGAGGGUUUUAAACAUGAGAACAUUCUCCACUACAUCUCAGCAGAGAAACGAGGCACCAACCUUCAGAUGGAGCUGUGGCUGGUCACAGAGUUCCACGAAAGGGGUUCGCUGACAGAUUACCUGAAGGGGAACGUGGUGAGCUGGCCUCAGCUGUGCCAUAUUUCCGCAAGCAUGUCCCGAGGUCUGGCGUAUCUUCAUGAAGACCUUCCUUAUCGUGCUGAGGGACCCAAACCAGCCAUUGCACACAGGGACUUUAAGAGUAAGAACGUGCUGCUGAAGAUGGAUUUAACAGCAGUGAUUGCAGACUUUGGGUUGGCUGUGCGCUUUGAGCCUGGGAAACCACCUGGAGACACACACGGCCAGGUGGGAACGCGGCGUUAUAUGGCUCCAGAGGUGCUGGAAGGAGCCAUUAACUUCCAGCGGGACUCUUUCCUGAGGAUCGACAUGUACGCUCUGGGACUGGUGCUGUGGGAGCUGGUGUCUCGCUGCACCGCUUCUGAUGGUCCUGUAGGCGAGUACCAGCUGCCGUUUGAGGAGGAGGUCGGUCAGCAUCCUUCACUCGAGGACCUGCAGGAUGCGGUGGUGCAUAAGAAGAUUCGGCCCGUCUUUAAAGACUGCUGGGUCAAGCAUCAGGGUUUAAGUCAGUUGUGCGAGACCAUCGAGGAGUGCUGGGACCACGACGCCGAAGCUCGACUGUCUGCGGGCUGCGUGGAGGAGCGAAUCUCCACCAUCUCCAAGUCCAACAACACCAUCAACACGUCUACCUCCGAGUGCCUGCUCUCCAUGCUGACGUCCCACAGCGACACAGACCUGCCGCCCAAAGACUCCAGCACCUGAAAAUGUGAACCUCGCUGCUAACAAACCGGAUCUCAUCUCGCAUCCUCCUCUCAACCAAUCGGCUUCACCAGCACAUCUCUUCUACUGUACAAAAACACACACACGACAAAACCUCAAAAACGAAAACCGUGAGAAGACUCUCAGAGAGGGCAUUCAGGGGAUCGCUUUGACUGCUGGGAUUAUGAGCACACGUUACCUCAUCAGUUUUAACGCCAUGUUUUUGUUUUUAAUGUUGUUUACGUUGCCUUCACUCCAUGAAUACCUCCAUCUGAAUGAAACUACAUGAGGAUCUGAUGACUGUUACACAAGCGCAACCUUCCAAGAGCACACAAACACACAAGGUCCUCUUUGUACUCAGUGAAAUUUUAGCGUCGUUUUAUCGUAGUCCUGGAAAAAAAAUGGAUGUUUUUUUGUUGUUACCUGGAAGAUGAAGGCAGCGGGACUGUUGAGAUUCGAGUUGCCUUUCGGAUUGUCGGGACGUCGUUUUUUUUUGUUUAUUUUAAAUGUAGCAUCCACACAGUAUGUUGAAGUAUGUGAAGUGCCAUCGGCGUGUGUUAGCGACAAGAGCCGCAGGCGAAGGAUUAGCGCCGCGGCCGCUGGCAGGUCUUAUUUCAGUCUCUGCGGAGUGUUGGGGCGCAUCAGGAAAGUGUGUGAUGUUUAUCCACUACAGUACUCAGGUAAACUCUGUGCAUGUGAUUGUGUGAGCGCUCACUAUUAGAGCAAUAGUUCUCAGCGGUAUGGUAAAUCUCAGCUGGAAUAUCCUGGGUCGUACCUCAUCUUGAAGUCAAAAUUGCAUCAAACUUAAGCAAACUUUAAUUUUUUUGCAUAGUAACUCUAAUUUAAAUAAAGGAAAUUAAGGGAUAGUUCACUAAAAGUAUUAUUUUCUUACCCUCAAGUGAGUUUCUUUCUUCUGGUGAACUUAAAGGAGGGCAUUUGAAGAAACAGAAAACGUGUAACCAUUGACUUCCACAGUAGGAAAAAUAAAUACUAUUGAAGUCAAUGGUUAGAUAUUUUCAGCAUUCUUCAAAAUAUCUUCUUUUCUGUAUAACAGAUGAAAGAAAGUCAAACAGGGUUAAAGGGUGAGUAAAUUAUGACAGAAUUUUAAGUUUUGGAUGAUCUAUCUCUUUAAAGCAACCGCGUUCCUCCACCAGCGCUGCAUGUUUUGGAUGUCUCCUUUGUCUGUCACUCCUAUUACAGGUCUUUCAGUCUCAGCUAAUGAGCUGAUAAUCUGAAUUCGGUGUGUUUGCUUGGGGAGACAUGGAAAAUGCGCAGAGCUGGUGGUCCUCCAGGAAUGUGGUUGAGAAACACUGCUUUAAAGCAUGUCUUCAAAUUGUCAUUACCGUAUGCAAAAC